AAAAUAACGAAUUUAUUUAAACUCGCAUUUAAAGACUUGUACAGUAAACAUGUCGAAAAAAGGCGUCAGUGCGGAAGAAAAGCGAACGAGACUGCUGCAAUUAUUUUACGAAAAAGGAGAAUGUUUCCAACUGAAAGAACUGGAGAAAAUAGCGCCCAAGGAAAAAGGAAUUGUAGCCGGAUCGGUUAAAGAAGUACUACAAAAUCUAGUCGAAAACGGUUUAGUCGAUACCGACAAAAUCGGUACCUCCAUUUAUUAUUGGGCCUUUCCCAGCAAAGCUUUCACUUUGAGGAAAAACCAAAUGCAAAAACUCAAACAAAACACCGAAGAAACCAUCAACAAACUAAAAGCUAUGGAGGAUGCAUUACAAGCCGUAAAAAACACCAACGACGAUAACUCUUACGCAAACAUCCUAGAAGAAUUAAACGAUAAAGAAAUGGAAUUAUCCGCGUUGAAAAACCAAUUGAAGCACUACGAAGAAAACGAUCCCGUUAAAUUCAAGGAGAUGCUCGAUAAAACCGAAGAACUCAAGAACGCCGCAAACCGAUGGACAGACAACGUGUUCGCCGUAAAAUCCUGGUGCAAAAAGAAAUUUCUCAUGGAAGAUGCCGUUCUGAACAAACAAUUCGGAAUAUCCGACGAAUUCGAUUACGUAGAUUAAACUUUAAUUUAAUUACUAAAAAAACUUACCGCUGUACUUUGAAGAUCGAUUAUACGAACCAAGUUCGGCGAAGAUCCGCCCGUAACAAUGAAAUCCUUAGAUAAAUACUUGCCACAGUACAACUAUGUAAAUAAAACAUUGGUUACUAUAAUCG